AUGAACGAGCUGAAUAGUGUUUCGACAAACUCUAGUGACUCCACCAAGAACGGUGGUACUUCCAAUAGUCCCGACGAUAUGAACCCUGCAGCAGCUAGCGGUCACGCAAUGAAGAAGAGAACAAAGGCUUCUCGGGCCUGCGAUCAGUGUCGUAAAAAGAAAAUUAAGUGUGAUUAUAAAGAUGAAAGGGGUGUAUGCACAAACUGUCAAAGAAACGGAGACCGUUGUAGUUUUGAAAGAGUUCCUUUAAAGAGAGGGCCAUCAAAAGGUUAUACGAGGAGCGCUAGCCAUCCAAGAGCUACCGAAGUACAAGAUCACAAUAAUAUAAGACCAUAUAAUACAUUUGAAAACGGUAAUAACACGAACAAUAACACGGGCAAUAGCGCCAACAACGGCGUUAAUAGCAAUACCGUCCCUAGCACCCCCUCGAGAUCUAAUUCAGUUCUUUUGCCUCCACUAACACAGUAUAUUCCUCAAGCUAGUGGCAUGCCUUCUGGUUUUUCGAAUUCAGCAAUUCAGCCAGCAAUGCCUGUCGGUAAUAUCGGCCAGCAACAGUUUUGGAAAGUCCCCUACCAUGAAUUUCAGCAUCAAAGAAAAGGAUCUAUUGAUUCUUUGCAAAGUGAUAUAUCGGUAAGAACUUUGAACCCAAACGAACAGCUUUCUUAUAAUACUGUACAACAGUCUCCCAUAACGAACAAAGUUACUAAUGAUUCUGGUAAUACAAACGGAAGUAUCACCGGCUCUGGUAGUGCUACUGGUAGUGGCGGCUAUUGGUCUUUUAUAAGAACCUCUGGUUUGCUAGCUCCUACUGAUGAUCACAAUGAGGAACAGACAAGAAGAUCAAGUUCCAUACCCUCUCUACUACGAAAUACGUCUAAUUCUCUUCCGCUAGGUGGCCAGCCCCAGCUUCCACCACCCCAGCAACAAUCACAGCCACAAUCACAACAACAAAGGGUGCAACAAGGACAUAAUAUAUACUCUUAUUCUCAGUUUUCUCAACAGCCACCAUACAAUCCAUCGAUAUCAUCCUUUGGCCAAUUCGCUGCGAAUGGGUUUCAUUCUAGACAAGGAUCAGUCGCCAGUGAGGCUAUGUCACCCAGCGCACCUGCUAUGCUUUCCAGCACAUCCACUAAUGCUGUAAGUGUUGCACAGCAGACGCAAAGACUUCAAGGACAACAGGUGCAACAAUUGUCAUCUGACUUGGAUAUAAAUAAAAGACGACAAUCAGCCCCGGUAUCAGUAACUUUAUCCGCGGACAGGCUGAAUGGCAAUGAGAAUAAUAACGGCGAUCUCAACAACAAAAACGGUAGCAAUAAUAGUGGUUCCUCCAAGGAAUUAUCUCAAAAUUCUCAAGAAUCUGUAACAACAUCAGCAGCUUUGGAGACAUCCAGUCCUGGAUCUACGCCACAUAGAAGUACAAAAAAACGUAGAAAAAGUUAUGUCUCAAAGAAAACAAAAUCAAAGAGAGGCUCAUCUAUUUCCAUAUCAUCGAAAGAUUCUUCUCACCCAUUAUCUUCUUCUUCGACUAUCGUUUAUGGUCAAAUAUCAGAUGUAGAUUUAAUCGAUGCUUAUUAUGAGUUUAUACAUAUCGGAUUCCCGAUCAUACCUUUGAACAAAACUACCUUGACUAAUGACUUAUUGUUAGUUAACACCCAGCCGAUUUCUAACAUACAUGAAGUUAAUUCUUAUGUUAUUUUAUGGUUUAGGAACUCAUUGGAAUUGUUGGUUCGUGUGGCUCUGAAACAAAAGCCUGGGGGCAAAUUCUUUGAUAAUAUCGUUGGCAUGCCACUAUCUUCUGAGAACGAUAAUAACAAAAAUGGGUUCACUACGGCCACGACUGGAGGGGAUACUGAAAAAACAAGACAUGACUCGCAUAGUGAAGUACAGGAGACUUUAGAAGUACAAAGUGUUUUCAUUGCUGCUCUUAAUGAAUGUUUCCAAAAAAUCGUGGAUAUCCAUCCCAAAUUUAGAGAAAAUAACAACCAAAUCUCGCCUAAGGUUAAGGUUAUUUACCUAUCCACUUUUAUUCUUCUAAAUUACAUUUUGGCAUUUGUUGGGUACGACAAUUCAUUCGUGCUUGGAAUGUCAGUGACAAUUUUCAAUGAAUUUAAACUAUACAAAUUGCUACUGUUCCCUGAAACAGGUGUCGAUGAUAUGGUCGCACCAGUUCGUGACGAGGUGGACACAGAAAAUGAAAACAUGAAACCACCCGAAUUUGAUAUUGGAACUGGAAGUGCUGGGCACAUGAAUCCAUCCAAAUCACCGAAUUCUAUGGACGAAAACAUGAGCCACUAUUCAGUGCUAUUCAAAAGAUUAUACGUUCUGCUUUCAGUCUUUGAUUCCCUACAGAGUUGCGCAUUUGGUGGGCCCAAGCUAUUGAACAUUUCUAUUCAAGGUUCUACGGAAAUGUAUUUUUCUAAUGAUUUGGCCUCGAAAUGGUGCCUGGAGCAAAGCCAAUUGAAAUUAAAGAGCGUUUUGCAAAGUUUAAAAUUGGGUGAAUUGAUAAGCGAGAUGACCAGGAAUAGAAUAUCGACGAACGGGAUCAGGAAGCCUGGGUUCGAUACUGCCGAAUCCUCUUUGUUCCUAUCAGAAUAUGUGAAAACGCAGCCCAUAUCAGUAGCGCAAUUAUUUUGUAAACUGUUGAUUGGCAAGCACAGCUUCAUCAAUUGCUUGUUAUCACUGUAUGAUUCAGAAACUAGGGUCUACUCAGAGUUAACAUUAGAUUUAAGUUCGAAAAUAGCAGAUUCUUUAUGUUCAUUGAUAUCGAUAAUUUUACAAAUAUUGACCUUGAUAUUAAGACUGAACCCCACAAAUAGUAUCGACUAUAAUUAUAGACCACCGAACCCACCAGCUAAUGACCCUGCAGUACAAGAGGCAUCGCCUGCUAUGGGAUUGUCCCCAGAAACCAGGAAUGUUAACGCUACGAUUUCGUCCGAGGGAAACCCAGAUUUUUACAAGAAAUUACUGGGUCUCAAACAAGACACUGGAACCAUCCUUUCAGACCUGUGCCGGGGGGUCAUUUCACCUUUUGCUAUUGCCAUCCUGCAUGAAGUCUACAACAUCACAGAAUUGGUCAAACAAAUGCCCACAUCACUCAUUAGCAUUAUGAUGACAGCCACGACGACACAGAACACCCAAGACACCAAGAAGUCGCAAGAUCUUGUCAUGAAGCUGUCGAAUUCGAUGAACGAAGUAGUACAGAUCACUAGUGUGCUGACAAUGAUCAAGCCGUUUAAGAUCUUCGAGCACGAGUUAAACAAGUCCAUGAUGUCCUUGACAGGAGGGCUUUCCCCUGCAGCCAGAAACAGUGCCAUGUGGACAAGCUCAGAACAAAGCCUCCGCCAAACAUCUGUCAUGAAGACAUUGCUUGGCGAACGGCGUAUCUCGAACACUCAAACGACAACGGCGCCAGCCCCAGCAGCGGAACCUAGACUCGAGAACGUUGCUCUCGAAAACUUUGUAAGUAUCGGCUGGAAGUUACUGGACGAUUCAGAGUUGGGCUGGUACUGA